UUCUCACCAUUCUCUCUCUAAUUCCGGCGCUUACUCUCCCGUUGUCGCCUCGCUCUCGCUCUCGCUCUCACGCUUCCUUUCCCCUGUCUUCGACCGUCGCUCCCGGUGCCAUCCUCCGUAGCUCGCUUCCUGCCUUUCGCGCACAGAUCGCGGAGAGAGAGAGAGAGGUGAGAGCGCCAAUUGCGUUUAGGUGAAAUCGAAGCCCGUACAACUGGCGAACUCAAUUCAACAAAAAUCGAAGACGAAGAAGGCUGUUGAAGAUUCCAAGGGGGAUAUUGAAAUUAGGAUUCGAGUUUUGGUGGUUUGGUAAUUUCAGUUACGAUUUUCCGUGAUAUAUCCGACGGGACGUUGGGUGAUUUGUCCGCGCCCGGCACUCCCCGUCGUAGGUUGCUGCCGCCUUAACGGACGGCGUUCGUCACUCUUCAGAAUUCUGUUUCAUAUCAGUUUGAUAAAGUUGAGAAUGGUGAGAAACUGGGUAGAUCUCCCACAAGAGUUGCUAGAACUAUGCUCGCAACAUCUUUGUCCCAGGGACUUGUGGGCGUUCUGAGCAGUGUGCCAAUCUUGGCGAUCCGCUCCUCUUAAAGAGAGGAGCAAUGUCCCGUGGAUGAUGCUCGAGGACCAUCACGAGACGCUCUGGCGCGAGUGUUUUUGCCUCUCAUGUCAGCGGGUUCACAGAGUGCUCAUGCCGGAAGCGAAAGGGAAGACAUGCUUCUCUUCACGGGGUUGGGUGUUCACGCUUGGCAGAGCCUGGGAACUCUGCAUGUUGAAGAAUCCAAUGUCGCGUCACAAUUAUAUUAUUAAGCUUCCCAAGUUGAAGUUUCCUGACGAUGAAGUCUUGCCUCGCUAUGAUAAUUUCAGCGCUAAGUUCGUCCUAUCUGCUAGCCCUACUACAUCUCUAGAUUACAUGGUCAUGGUCAUCUACGGGUGGGGCGGACUGCUAGGGCUUUGGAAACCUGGCGACGAGGAGUGGACGGCAGUGAAUUUCCCCAGCCCCGCGCAUAAUAUUUGGGAUCUCAUAUUUUAUAAGGGGUGUUUUGUUGCUGUCGAUUGUGAGGGUAGCAUAUUGAGGUGCGUGAAUGGACCAACUCCGUUCGAAGCUCAAGUAAUUUUCAGGAUGCUGCAAAGACUUAUGCAUUGGGAGCACCCGGAUCUAGUUCAACCAACGGCGGGACAUCGGCUGCUUAUGACUGAAGCAUAUUUAGUGCAAUCACCAACCGGAUCUCUAUUGCUUGUGUCACAAUGGGAAGAACGUGAACCUGCUCGAACCUUUCGAUUUCAGAUUUUUGAGAUUGACUUGAAUACUCAAACGUACAACAGAAGUUAAGAGCUUGGAGAACACAUCCCUCUUCUUGGGAUCCAAUUCUUCCUUCUAUUUGGAGGCCAAUGAAGAGCAUCACAUUAAGCUGAAUUGCAUUUACUUUGCUGAUGAUUCAUGGCCCCGGCUGAGUGAAGAGGGAGGAGGCAGGGACAUGGGAAUAUACCACAUUGAAGAUUGUACGACCGAGCUGUAUUUUAUGGCAAUGGCUUAUGACCAUUAUUCUCUUCCGCUUUGGAUUGAACCAAGCUUUUAACCAAUAGCGAAAGAGUUUGGCUUUUUAAUUAUUGAUAAGGUGAGUAGAUUGGUAGAAGGCUAUGCUGUAUAUAGUGAGGAAUUAAUUUCAGAGACUCGAAAUGAAUAGGUCAUUGAAAGUGAAAUUGUACUGAAAAUCAUCUGGGUUGCAUGAUCAAGUUUUUUCCUUAUUUUA